AUUUUCACGCAGUGCUCGUAUCCAGGUCGUCCGCCGAUGGCAAGCACAGGAAAACCGGGGCAUUUAGAGAUGCUUCGCGUAAAGCUGCUGUUGAAGGUCAAGUGUAGGAUUGUGGUGGAAAGUCAUGAAGUUCCUAGGAUGACACCAUUGAUAAGACCGGGUACCUGGCUCACCUUGUCAUAGGAGGGAUGCAUGAGGGUAUAUUAUAAGCACCUGUAGGGCCCAAUAUUAAGCUCUGCUCGGUAGCUGUUCCUUCGAGCUUCCUUACGCCAAAUCCCACUAUGGCCGAUACUUCAGCCACGCCAUCGCAGCACGUACGCGAUGGGGCACCUUUGGACGAUAGCAAAGAGGUGCAUGUAUCGACGUCUCAGCCACAAGCUCCAAUCACACCUAAGUCCGGUGCGGAUGCAGCGCUCAACUUACUCAAAGAAACCGGAGGCGUUCGACGACCAGUAGAUGCGGAGACGAACAAGCGGCUACUACGGAAAAUCGAUCUUCACAUCAUGCCGCUGAUUUGCAUUGUUUACUUCCUCCAAUACAUUGACAAGACUGCCAUCUCGUACGCAAGCGUCACAGGUAUCAUCAAGGAUACGGGAUUGCAUGGAAACCAGUUUAACUGGGUGGCCUCGAUUUUCUUCUUUGGUCAACUUGCAUUUGAAUUCCCAACAAUCCGUCUUAUACAGCUCUUCCCGCUUGCCAAGUACGUCGCUGUCAAUGUUACCAUCUGGGGAACCGUCCUCGCCUCCCUCGCAGCAUGCAAGUCAUAUGCCUCGCUUCUCGCAUGUCGGUUCCUUCUAGGAGCGGCAGAAGCUGCUGUCGUCCCAGCCUGGGUCAUCUUCACGUCGCAGUGGUACACGCGAAACGAGCAAGCUUUCCGCGUCGGUAUCUGGUUCUCGGUAUGCGGCGCCGCGCAAAUGUUCGGAGGCUACUUCGCCUACGGCGUCGCGAAUCAUGUUGGCAGCGAUCCAAAUGCAGCACUUAAAGGAUGGCAGAUUAUCUUCCUGUUCCUGGGUCUUCUUACGGCCUUGAUUGGCAUCAGCUUCUGGUUUGUUAUGCCUGAUUCGCCUGAGUUCGCAGGCUUCCUAACGACAGAAGAAAAGACUUUGCAUGUCGAGCGGAUCCGUGGAAACGAGCAGGGUAUUGGCAGUCGGACGUUUAAGUGGGAUCAGUUCCGUGAAGCCCUCACAGAUCCGAUGACCUGGCUGUAUGCGUUCUGGAUCUUCGCAGCAAACAUCCCCAACUCAAUUGCAACUUCAUUCGGAAAUAUCCUUGUGAAAGGCAUGGGCUACACGUCGAAAGAAUCGCUUCUACUUGUGACGCCGCUAGGAGCGUACGAGAUUGUGGCUUUGGUCGGUGGCACUUGGAUCGCCAUGAAGACAGAACAAAGACUCUAUGCCUGUAUCGCCAUUCAUAUCCCCGCCAUAAUCGGCGCGAUACUGAUGGCCACGACGAACAAGGUCCCUGCCCUCAUUGGCUACUAUCUGUCCGGUGGCAUACCCAUCGGCUGGACAACCAUCCUUGGACUCCAAGCAUCUAAUGUAGCUGGCUCAACGAAGAAGGUGACCGUGUCUGUCAUUGGUACCAUGGCGUACACCAUUGGAAACAUCAUCAGCCCCCAGACAUUCCAGGCGAGAGAUUCACCAAGGUAUCUACCGGCGAAGGUGUCGAUUGUGAUUCUGUACUUUCUAAUCACGUGUGAUCUUGUGCUGAUGCGAUGGCUGUUUGUGAGGAGGAACCGGUUGAGGGUUGAGGAGAAAAAUGCCAGGGCUGAAGAGUGGAAAUUGGAGGAGAACCACGAGUUCUUAGAUCAGACGGAUUUGGUGAACCGUGAGUUUAGAUACGCGCUAUAGGCCGGUUAUGGAAUAUUCGGAAGAGAGGCUGUUGUGUGUACAAAACUAUUCAUACUUCGACGCUCGUGUAAAUGCCACCAAGAUCUAUUACAGCGUCUACAGUGGUGAGGUGAAUCGUAC